GAACGGGACAGGAAGGAGGUGAAAAUGCGGGGGGCCCUGGUGCACCUCCAAAUAUGACCAGUAAUUGGCGCCUGCAGCAGACUCAAGCACAAGUGGAAGAAGUGGUGGAUAUUAUGCGUGUGAAUGUGGAUAAAGUUUUGGAGCGAGAUCAGAAACUCUCAGAAUUAGACGAACGAGCGGAUGCUCUCCAAGCUGGUGCCCAAGUAUUUGAAAGUAGCGCAGCAGCGCUCAAGAGGAAGUAUUGGUGGAAGAAUUGUAAGAUGAUGAUCAUGCUGGGAGUGAUCUGUGCCAUUGUGGUCAUUGCAAUUGCACUUUAUUUUUUUACCUGAGAAUGUGUCCCUUCUUUUUUUCCCCACCCAGUCUAUAGCCGCCUUACCCCAUUUCCCUUUCCAGAUCCAAUUCUUCUUUCUCUUUCCUUUGUCAUUAAUUUUCUGUUAGUUUUGUUUGCUUCCAUUCCAGUGUUACCAGAUUUGAGUUGACCUCCUUCACAGCUGCUGCAGCCUCUGAGUGGACCAGCUCGUUUUUGGAGGGUGGUAGUGGGCCUCAGGGGAGGAAUUGUGGAGGAUUGAAGGAGUGUGUUGAUUACACCUGGGGGGUUUCACUUGCACUCUUAAGAUAUCCUUGAAUCUUCUGAGAUGUUUUCUCCUGUGAGUCUAUAGGAAAGCAUUUUCUUUAGCCACAAACAGUAUUAUUAAAAACUUCACCAGAAUAUAGAGAAGAAAACUUGGGUCUCAUUAUAGUAGUGAUACUGGUAUUGUGCUGUGCAACCAGAAUUGAUGGAGUUUUCCCUUAUAUUCUAAUAUAAACUCCUGUUAAUGCUCUGGUGACCAAAACUCUGAUCUUAUAAUGACUGCCAGCCAUCCUUUACUGUUUCAUAUCUUGGAUUUGGUAGAAAAGUUAUUGGUUUGAUUCAUUGACCUUGGCUCCAAGUACAAGUAUGCCUUUAUUCCCAAUACUGCCAGAAUUAGGGGUGAGAUGAAUUAUUUUGCACAUGGGGUUAGGAUUAUCCUAGUGUACUGCCUGAAGUUCUGUCCCCUUGCUUUCAAAGGCUGGGUGUUUUACCUGACUGAAUUAACAGAUAAGGGAGGGUCCUACUGAAUUGGAAAGUCCCAUGCUGCUUGUACCUUAGCGAACAGUAUGUUUAGGAGUUAUGCCCUGGAAACCUCUGCAGUAUAUUUAGAAGUGUUUCCUUCUAAAAGCAAUGAGCUAUAAAUUUACAAAACCCUUUCCGGUUUUGUGACUUGGAAACAGCAAUGAAGAAUGCCAAGGAUUCUGGAAUAAUGCAUGAAUAUUUGUUUUGAUGUGCUGUUUCUCACCACAUUUACUUUCAGGUCAUCCCUUGGUGAUAGUUGUCAGAAUAUACAGUGACAGGUGUGGGUGCUCAUGCUCAUUUAUUUCCCUGUUGAAUAAGGUAUUGGGCUCCAGGGUGGAAGGAGUUCAGAGAGUGAUGAAUAUGAGUUUAAACAUGCUGAAGAAAAGUAGUUUUCCUGAUUCCAGUCUAAGGACUGAUAAAACGAUGAGGCUUAGCUUGGUAAGAGGCCUUGUUGUAGUGUCAGUGGUUGACCAGAGGACAUUGUUGCAGGGUCUCAGAUGCUGUAAUGCUCUGACAGGACUUAUCAACUGGUGGCCACUGGGAUUAAUUUAUUUUAACCUCAGACCAGUUUUAUCUGGCUCCUAAACAUUUGUUCUGGCUGUGCUAGGAGUAACCCUACUCUCACCAUAGCAUGCUGCAGAGGUGCUGAUUUUUUGCAUGUUCACUGCCAUGAACCAGCAUUUCAUUUGCAGAAUCCAUCUGUUUGCGUAUCCCCAUCUUUUUUCCCCUUUGGGGAGGAAUGAUGGAGGAGAACAGGAAUGGAGUUCCCAUCUUCUUUGGACAAUUCUCUUCCUAUUUCGGUGGGACUGUAUUGAUGGAAGUGCAACACCUGAAGAGGAGCCGGGGCACAAGGUGUGAUGCUGCUGUCAGUAUGAGAGGAAACACAGUAAGGUGUACAGCCCCUUCUUGAUUUCUUCUGGACAAGAUCUUGGUUUAAUCUGCUGCCGUAUUGUUUUGAGAGAAGGCCACUUAGGCUGCUUUCUUCUGCUUUUCUUGUCUGUUUUCAUAGAUGUUGUAUGUUACGCCUCUUCCCUUUCUAUCUCUCCAUUUCUCCAUCUUUAUGCAUGGGCAAACAAUACCCCCAUUUCCCUAGGCCCUCUUUGCCUAAACCAAGGGACUACUUUCUCUAUGCACAGGACUUCAGCCGCUUUCUCACACGUGUGGUUUGUUCUUGUGAGGAAUGCAGCCAUAAUGUUCUCCUGGCAUGUGUAACUACCAGCUCAUGUUAACAACCUCCGCUAACAAAUACUUCUUUACCCACUAAAAUGAGUGGGGUUCAUCUGUCUGAGUCCUGAAGGAAACAGGAUUCUACUGGCAGGUAGUAAAGCAGAAGAACGUAGACUGAAAUAAGAGUACUAAAUCAGUAUUUUCUGAAUAUGUGUAAUCCGAUGUGAGAUAGAUCACAAGUGGCCAACAUAGCAUCUUGAUAGAUAGAUGCAGGAGAUCUGGCAAACUUGAUCUUCAGCCCUGUGGAUUCUUGUUCAUUGCUGCAUAAAACAGGCUGCAUUAUGGCUCAGUAGUUCAUAUGUACAAUUGCACAACAGGAUGUUGCACUGAACAUCGAGUAGAUGAGCAGCAUUCGUUCUUAACUUGGACUUGAAAUGGCCUUGUAGAAUUUUUACAGAAUUGGCUGCAAUUAACAGGAGUGGAAGGCAAGAUCUUUGGAAGAAUCCUGAGCGAAGGCAGCCUUUGACUAGGGCUUUAAAAUACCCCCCCUUUCCCCCCCUAAUCUGCCUCUCCCGUUUAUCCCCCAUUAUACUGGCAUAUUGCAUUUUCUAUUUCUUUUGCCUAAACCAAUUUAGCAAAAUAGCUGUUACAAGCAGAAUAAACAAAUGUCAAAGAGUACAAAAUGCUAACAGUGUAAUAUUCCUAAUUAGUGUGGAAAUAAACGGUAUACAACUAAUCUCUUGGAUACAGUGGUCGAGAGCGUAUGAGAAUUUAUCUGGAUCCUUCUGUUUAAAUAUGAAGCUGCUAUGCAAAAGAGUUGUAUGAUGAUCAUCUUGCAUCUGUAAAAGGGAUUCAUGAACUUGCUGGCCCUGCAUGAGAAAGUAGUGAUGAAAGGCACAGCACAAUGUUGUCAAGAUAGGUCUUGUGCUGUUUGACAACAACUUGUGCCCAGUUUAUGCAUACAAGAGAAAUUAGAAGUAGCAGAAUUUGUACUCUCAUAUUCACAGUCUACUUUUCUAUUAUUUCUGUUCAAGUCAGAGUAUAAAACCAAAAGAAACAUAGUUCUCAGAUGGCACUGCUUUUGUUUUGUGUAGAUGAUAUGGAAAUGGUGCAUUAAGAUCCUGCUCAGCUGCUAUUAAGACAAGUAUAUAGACACAGCAUACUGAAAUUAGAGCAAUACUUGUCUGUCUUGCACUGUUAAUAUGGCACACGGGAUUAGGAUGGUUCUAGUGUACUUAUAGGGUAUCUACCUCCAGUCACUGCCUGAAGUCCCAUUAUGUUACUUCAUCUGCUGCAUUCCAGAUACAUUUUCUCUACACUCCAUCAUGUGCUGAUUUAAAUGCAGAGAGUAUUGGAUUUGAUACAUAUGUAUUGGAAAAAAUUAACAGUCCUAUUGUACAUUAAACAAUUCAUCUUCAUUCCCAACUGUAGCGCAUGGAAUGGGAAGCUAUAACUCGCUGACCAUGUAUGUGUACAUGUGUACAAUAUAUGCAAAAGUGCUAAGAGACAUAUCAUUGCUCAAACAUUUAACUUGGUGGUUCUCAACCUUUUCUUCACCAUGGACCUCCUUUAAAUCCUUUUUGUGGUCACGGAGCACCAAGACUUAACUCAAGAUUUAAAUCAUAACAUUUCUUCAAGCUGUGACAACAUCACAGCCCCCAGAGGUCCAUGGACCACCGAGUGAGAACCACGGAUUUAACUUAUAGAUAUGGAGAGGAUUCCAAAAAGCAAGAACAAAUAAUACUCUUUUUAAAAGACAUCUCCAGAAGGCCACAGAACAAAGGUAUCUUAAAUGAAACCUGAAUGAUUGUACGAUGGCACUGGUACUCUGGGUUUCGGUCAUAGUUAUACUUCCCAAUCAAAAUCAUAGGAUUUUUUUCCUCUUUCAUUUUCAGAAAACACAUUUUAAAUUUGAUUUCCCUAAUGCUAAAAAUACAGAACAAAACCAAAACUCUUUUUUUUUGUAAAAAAAAAAAAAAGCCAAAAGAGGACCCUUAUAUAUGAUAGCUACAAUCAUUUUAUCUGGUUAAUCUGAUAUAUUAGUAAACAUUCAGAGAGUGUCCACUUUGGGGAAGGGAGAAGUAGUUUAGGCUGUCCAUAUGCAGUCGAGGAACAAGGACAUCUUUGAGAAUCCAGAGGGAAGCACUGGGAGCAAAGCACUGAUGUUGAUGAGAUUCUUGCUUCAUCACCAAUAUGAAAAUCUUCACUGCUGAAAAUACUUUCCAUUUUUACAGGCUGCAAUAUGCAAAUAGCAAAUACUUUGUAGAGAGAAGAGUUAAAGUUCUAAUUCGGUAAAAUUCUUAAAUUAGAAGGGCUGAAGAUCCAUGCCUUUCCUUUUUUUGUUGAUGAGAUGAAAUAUGGAAGGUGAGCCUAGAUUGAUGGAACACUAGUGGAAUCCUCAUAAAUUAAUUUUUUCUUUGUGUAACAUACAGUUAUCAUCCUAUGUAGGUAAGUGGAUUUCUGCAGAACCUCUGGCAUACUGACGAGUUACCUGUAUUAAAACAACAGUACUUUCUAAAGAUAUAAAUUAGAAAGUCUGGCCUUCUAGUCCCAUCUUUGAUUUUUUUAUACAAUAUUAUUGAAAGGGAGAAAAGGAUGCUGAUGUUCACAUAGCCAUGUUUUGCUUGUGGAGGGGUAUUAUAUUUGUUGAAUGGGAAAGUGACAAUAUAAAGCCUUUCCACCCACAUCCAGAAUGAACCCAAGACUAAGAAUAUACUGUUUUUGUAGCAUUUGGUCUCAGGAGAACAAAGGAAGUGAGAAAGAGCUUAGGUCCUAGUUUAACUGAAGUCAUUCACAGGGAGAUACACAAUACAGAAGCUGAAUAUUAAGUCUCUGAGUAGCGGAGCAAGACUUAACAUCGAUAUUAAAUGCAUAAUAAAGUAUA